AUGGCGAAUAUGGCUUUGGCAGACACAGCGACGGUGCUCAUUGCUGGUAUUGCGUGUGGAUGGGAUAUUUUGUUGUCUGGUAAUGGAUCCAUGGCUUCGAGUGAUUGUCAGCUACCGCCAGAAGAAAUGCUCACAAAAAUUCCACUGCAAUCAUCCAUGCUGCUGAACGUCACUAUUCUGAAACUAGGCGAUGAAAGCGAGAUUCAUGCAAGCCGAUUCGUGUUCUCUUUUCUUUCCAUAGCAGCAUGGACUGCUGGAGUGAUCACUUACGCAAUGCUUGCUCUAAAUCGUUGUGUAGCAAUCUGUUAUUAUGGGACAAGAGCGAAGUCGUUGAAUCGGGUUUCAGUAGCGAUUGGUCUGUCAUUAUCAACAUGGAUCAUUGGACUUACUGCUGCCGCUGCUGGAACGAUUCCGGAACCACUCAUGGAAAUAAGACGAGAUAUGUGGACCGUCAGUUUCGCUUCUACCGAGGGCGGUCGUCCAGCCUUGUUUUUCGCGUCGAUUUGUUCGAUUGACUGCGUCGGAAUUGGAGCGCAGUGGAUUUGCUCGACACUUGUUCUUCGGAAGAUUCAGCAAGUAAAACAGAAAAUCUGCUCAAAUAAGCUAAACCAAAACAGUGCGAAUCGGUUUCGGAAACAGGCUCGCCUAACGUUUCAGUUCUUCUACCCUUCGAUUCUCUGCACGCUCUCGACGUUUCUGUUCUUUAUUAAGCCUUAUUUCUACCACUACUUCACGACAUGGCAAAUGAUUCUUCUACAUAUUAUCUGGUUGUGCAGCCAUGUGUGCAACCCAUUCAUCUACGCCUAUUUCAAUGAUCGUAUGCGUCAUACCUAUCGAGAAAUGUUGUCGUGUGCGAGGUUACGGUAUCUGUUAAGGAAGCGUAAAGAAAGUCACUUCUUCAGAACUCGGCAUAGUGGCUCUAGGCGAUCGAACACUCAAGGAAAAUCGAACAGGAUGUCGACUCGCUCUACAAAAAGCCGUGACAAUAAUUUUGUUCGGAACAGCUUACAAAUGCAGAGCCGUGAUUUCGAGCAACUUUGUGAGUUUAUCAUGCGAGUGAAUCCUCUUUACGAUUCAAGCGAGGGUUGGAGGGAAAGCAGUGACGACGAAUCACCACGGGAGGAGUCAAGACAAAUUGAAAUGAGAAGAAGAGAUCACGAGUCGAAGUCUAUUGUGCUUGAUAUGGGUAGACAAACUGUCGAAAACUGGGUCAAUUUCGCUAAAAAAGCAAGUAUUUGA